AUGUCUGCAAAAGAAAAGGCAAUUCUCACCAAGGACAGUGUCAGUCUGCUUCCCUGUUUCUAUUUCGUUGAGCUGCCGAUCCUGGUGUCAUCUAUGGUCAGCUUGUACUUCCUGGAGUGGACCGACGUGUUCAAGCCGGUAAAGUCCGGCUUCAACUGUAACGACCGCAGCCUGAGCCUACCCUACGUCGACCCCAACCAUGAGGUCAUCCCGCUGCUGAUGCUGCUGAGCCUGGCUUUUGCAGGACCUGCGAUCACGAUCAUGAUCGGAGAGGCCAUCCUGUUUUGUUGUCUCUCUCGACGAAAGAGCCGCACCGGCGCCGAAGCGAACAUCAACGCAGCCGGCUGCAACUUCAACUCUUUCAUCCGUCGAGCGAUCCGUUUUGUCGGUGUUCAUGCAUUUGGUCUUUGUGCCACUGCGCUCAUCACAGACAUCCUUCAGCUGAUGACGGGGUACCCGGCCCCCUACUUCCUCACAGUGUGUAAGCCAAACUACACCAGCCUAAACAUCAGCUGCGAGCAGAACCCUUACAUCAUGGAGGACAUCUGCUCCGGGGUCGAUACCGCAGCGAUUAACCGGGGCAGAAAAUCAUUCCCAUCCCAGCACGCUACCCUGGCGUCAUUUGCAGCUGUCUACAUUUCAAUGUACUUCAACAGCACUCUGACCGAUUCGUCCAAAUUGCUCAAGCCCCUGCUGGUCUUCUCCUUCAUCAUCUGCGCCAUCAUUUGUGGUCUGACUCGCAUUAUUCAGUACAAGAACCACGCCAUUGACGUCUAUCUGGGAUUUCUGCUUGGCGGAGCCAUCGCUCUCUAUCUGGGUUUGUACGCAGUUGGAAAUUUCCUCCCUAGCGAAGAGUCGAGCACCAGCCUCCCCUCUCAACCGCACUGCCCCUCCUGCUCGUUACCGCACAUUAGUCAAGAGGCGGUGCUUCACCACCUGCAAAUGAAAGCCAGCAUUUCGGGGGAGCCCGGCAUUCCCGCCUCCCAGUCCGAAGGGCUUCUCCAUCGCGGCCUUCCGCCGCAGAAGGGCGACGAUAGCCUAAAGUGCGCGGGCAGGGAUGCGGACGGGCUCUCCUCCCACAGCCCGCGGAGCAAAGAGACCAUAGUGACCUUUAGCCACACCCUCCCUCGUGUCCACACACCGCAGGCCAUUGCGGCGUACGAGGAGGCAGCCAGACGUCACGCUGCCACCCUUCACCACGCCUCCAUGGAUUCUAGCCGUUCGAAGCAGCUUUUGUCACAGUGGAAAAGUAAAAACAACCACAAAUGCACUCUUCAGGUACCUGACUGUUUUCCGCCGUCAGGAGACUUAUCUGUUCAGCCCGCUCAGCAUCCUCAUCACCACGGCAGCAUGGAGGUCCGAUCCAGCUCCGAACCGUCGGCCAUGGGUCUGGAUGCGAACUUUGAAGCACACGCGUAUAUGUCCAAACUGGCCACAGGAACCAGUACCACGUUGCCAAGUAACUGCAGUGGAAUUACCGGAGGGGCAAGAAUGCUGAUGCAGUCUCGACCUGGAUCUUCACAACUGGUCCACAUACCUGAAGAAUCCCAUGAGAAUUACCACAAUAGCUCCCCGAAAGCAGUAGGAGGAGAAAGGAGUGACAGUAUUUCUUCAGGAGAUGGCACCGUUCAGGCGAACUGGCAAAGGGUUGCCGAGAAGACUGCGAUUUGCAGGACUAACGAUGACGGGAAGAAAACCCAGCCGAGAAUCAUGCAAGUGAUUGCUAUGUCCAAGCAGCAGGGUCUCCUUCAGACUCAUUCCAAAAGCUUGGACGAGAGCAGCACUGUCGGAAGUUCCCAGGGCUUGGCUCACUGCAGGGCUCUUGCUGCUGACAAGGACCCUAGUACCACUACAGGACCCAGCUCACUGGGUAGUACCACAGGCAGUAUUUCUGGCAGCACCGGAGCAAUUGUCAGAAUAGAGGCGCACCCUGAAAACAACAAGCCGGUUAUUCAGGCUCCUUCCACCGACGGGAGCGGAUCGUGGAGGUGGCGAUCUCUGGAUCACGGCAAUGGAGCUGUCGUAGGCCACGGGAGUACAGGAGGUGGGAGUUUGCGGCAAUCCUUCGAUCUCAACGAUCUGAGCAGAGACUCGGAAAGCUCAGACUCGAUAAGAGAAGAUUCGAUCGACAGGAAGAGUGCUUAUCACGUGAAUACCGCCUCCGUUACCCCGCCCGCAGUGACUGUUCAUACAAGCCAACCAGAGCAAAAGCUCCAUGUUCAGAGCCUCUCUACUAUAAGGGUCACACCGGGGGAUGUUAGUGGCACCGGAUCUGGCGGAGGCAGUGGAGACGCCGCUUCAGAAAUACCAUCAGUCGCCUCCAGCCGGGAAUCCACACUACGGCGGAAAGGCCACAAUGUCAUCCUGAUUCCAGAGAGAGGAAACAGCCCGGAUAUCACCCGAAAUGUUUUUUACAAGGGCGCGUCGAUACCGAGUAAGGAAUAACGCACAGAAUGACCGAAGGCUUCAGGGCCGUAUGUGAUCAUGAAGCGACACGCUCGUUUUUCCAGGACGCUUUCACGCUGGCGCCCUUUGAAUCAAACUCUACUUCAUUUCUACCCUUGAUGCAUUUCAUUUAGUGUAAACAAAGUCAUCAAAGUUUGAGUUUGGUUAACUGGUAAGCGGUCUGGGUGCGGUUUUACCAACAAAUCUAACGUGGUCCUGUUGGGAGAACCUCCUAUAAGCCACUCCAAAUGGCAAACGAAAAUAUCAGGUGUGAGCCCAAACGGCUUUACGGUGAUGUGAACGUAGCUA